UUAUAAUUAGUGAGAAAUAUACUUCAAAUAUAUAUCAAUUUCCAUCACUAGUAGUGAGAGUUAAUUUGAGCAAGUUAGUGAUGAUGAGGCAAGUAGGUUCAAUUGAAAAAAUGAAAGAACCAUAUAUAUUAGCAAAGAGAUAUAAUUGGAAAGGAUUUUUAGAAUUUUUCCUUAAACACAAAGAUCUAUUGGAUAAACAAAUAGACUUGCAUCAAAGCACUCCUUUUCACUAUGCAGCACAUUGUGGUAGCCCAGAAAUGUACAACAAAAUGCUAUUAAAGGUGGAUCCAUCAAACAUGCAACAUGUGUUGAGGAUGCAAGAUGACAUGGGAAACACACCACUUCAUGAAGUGGCUUUCACAGGUGAAGUUGAAAUGACAAAGAGUAUAUUGAAGAAAGAAGAGGAAACAAUGUCAGAGCAGUUUCCGAGGCCAUUGUUACAGUUGAGAAACAAACUUGGAGAAACUCCAGUGUAUAGGGCUGCUGCUCUUGGGAAGACAAGUUUGGUUAAAUGCUUUGUUGAAGAGUUGGGUGUGGAUUUAAGGGAUCAUUUUCAUAGGACUGGUGAUAAGAUGUCCAUUCUUCACACUGCUGUCAUUGAUCAAUUCUUUGGCACAGCUUUAUGGUUAUUGAAACGAUACAAUGAACUCGCUGAUCUAAAGGAACAAAAUGACUUGACAACCCUGCAAUUGCUAACGAAAAUGCCAUCUGCAUUCAAGAGUCAAACCCAAAUGGGAGCCUUCAAAAAUUUCAUAUAUCCUCUGCUUCCUGAUUAUCAAGAUUAUGCAUAUUACCUUCAUGAUAAGGAUGAUACUAGAAAACGACAAGAUUUGGAAAUUGGCGAAAAAGGCAUGAAAGAACAAUAUCAAACUCAAUGGAAGCAACCACCCCAAAUUCAUCAUACAAAGCUCUCAGGAUUUUCAUGGAUGUGGUAUACUAUGUGGAAGGCUCUUUCCAAAGAAUGGAAGGGAAUUGAAAAACUUUGGAGGAAAAAAGAAAUGCAUAACUUGGCACAAGAACUUGUACACUUGUUAGCAAAGAAUGACAAUUCAUGGCAACAUAGUUCAGUACAUUGGGACAAAACAGUUUCUAUGGGAAUGCCACAUCACAUUAUAGAAGAAAAACAAAAAGAGAAACAAGAAAAGCAAGAUGAUACAGGCAUCAAGGCUAUUAUUUACACGCCUUUGCUUAUGGCAGCUUGUAGUGGAAUUAUAGAAAUAGUAGAAGUGAUAAUUCAUUUUCAUCCUCAGUCAAUUGAGCAUGUAAGUAAAGAUGAGCAGAACAUAUUGUACAUGGUUGUCAAACAUCGCCAGUUAGAAAUUUUCCAAAUGUUGAAGAAACUGAAAAUGGUGGGACGUCUUGCUGGAAAAAUAGACAAGGAAAGUAACACUGUUCUUCACAGCACUGCUGAUUUUAAAGGAGGAUCUCAACCUGGUUAUGCCCUGCAACUGCAAGAGGAAUUGCAUUGGUUUGAACGCAUAGAGAAGCGACUUCCUUAUCAUUAUGUCAUUCACAAGAACAACAACAACCAAACUGCUAGGGAACUCUUCGAGGAAAAACAUGAACAACUGCUGAAGGAUGCUCGCGAAUGGAUCAAAGAGACAGCUCAGUCAUGUUCUGCGGUAGCUGUCCUUGUUGCGACAGUUGUCUUUGCAGCUGCUUACACGGUCCCAGGAGGCACAGACGACUACGGCUUGCCAAGAUUACUUCAUCAUCCUAUAUUCGUAGUGUUCACAGUCAUGGAUGUUGUGGCCCUUGCAAGUUCAUUGGCUUCAGUUGUUAUGUUUCUCUCAAUCCUCACAUCACCUUGUGAGUUGUGGGAUUUUAGGAGGUCUCUACCUAGGAAACUAAUGGCAGGUUUCGCAUUCUUGUUCUUUUCCAUGGCUACAACCGUGUUGGUGUUUAGUGCAACAAUUUUGGUGAACAUCAAGUUAGAUAAGAACAAAUGGACUUCAAGCUUGACUUAUACUGCAGCAUUCUUCCCUGUCAGCAUAUUUGCAAUGAUGCAGUUCCCUUUAUACGUUGCUAUGAAAGGAUGUGUGGUUUCACUCCUUAGGAGACUUAAGAAGAUUGUUCCUCGUUUCUUCCUCAAUUUGAUCAAAAGGAGCCAGAGAGAUAGACUCUGGGACAUUUAAUAUCUAAUUUAUUUUGGUUGUGUACAUCUGGUUAAUAACAUUUUGCUUUUUCUACCAUUGGACGUGGACCUUCAUAAAAUAAGAGCAUAGUGUCCCCUUAAAUGGUUAUCCGUUUCUUGUAAUUUUUGGUAAGAAAAAAAAAAAAAAUUACCACACCCGUUAUGAAUUGGUGUGGCUUGUGUUCCUCAUUAAAUCAUCAAAUAAAAAACACAAAAUUCAUUUGAA